AUGGCGGGCCCCGAACCCGAAGAGAGCGAGCUGAGCGAGCUGAGCAAGCCGCCACCAGGCAAGAAGCCUCGAAUCGAAAAGCCUGUGGUCCUAGUUGCUUCCGAAGACCCCUUGCUUGAUGCCGCUGCAGAAGCACUCGAGGACCUAUUCGCCAAGUUUGAGGUUCCGGAAUCCCAUGGUCUAGGACACGCUCUGCGUGUGUUGCAGCAUGUUGACAAGGCGCUGGCAACUGCUGCUAAGUGCAUGUUGCCCAGCCGGAGACAAGCUGUUCGCCUAGCAGCCUUGCUGCACGAUGCAGACGACCGAAAGCUUUUCAAGACUGACGCAGAGGCCUGCAAUGCUAGAAAUAUAAUGCAGACAGCUGGUGCAGAUGCAGACGUCGUAAGCGAAGCCCUGCGCAUGAUCGGUUUGGUCUCCUGUUCGGCGAAUGGAAACUCUGUGCCGGCAGAGGCCCUGAAUAAUCCGGAAAUCCUCUGGCCCCGUUGGGCAGACCGGCUGGAGGCAACUGGUGAGAUUGGCAUCCUCCGCUGUUGGCAAUUCAACCAGGAAGUGGGAAGACCGAUAGUCGUGCCGGAAACACCUCGGCCACAGACAGAGGCGGAAGUUUGGGCUUUUGCCACCGACGAACGCUUCCAGAGGUAUCAGAGCUCCGGCGGCGGAUCCAGUUCCAUGUUAGAUCAUUACUACGACAAACUGUUGAGGGUGGCGUGCCCUCCCCUCGAAGUCGUCCAGAAUGCCUACCUGGAGCAGGAGAUGGUCGCACGAUCCAAGCCGUUGGUGCAGAUCUGCUUGGCAUACGGCCGCACCGGCACGGUGCCACUUGAUGACGAAGCCAUCUGCAAGUUGCGGGAGAAAUUGACUUGCUGA